GGGAGAGAGAGCAGCCUGCCUGAUCUUCACAUUUCUUGCAGAGAUAACAUUACAGAGAAUGUCCAUGCUUCUUUAAGGAGACUCAGCGCUGUUCAAAGGUUCAGAAAUACCCAGACUAAAAGGCCAAUAAGUAGCUCUUUGACAGACCAUAUUGGACAUACAUAAAUGGAUGGACAAAGAUAUAUUGCAUUCAGAAUUCACUUGUCAACCAGUGAGACGCAUCAGUGGAUAUAAUGGGCAACACAACACAUAAACCUUUAGAAGAUGUGACUCUACAGCCCGACCCUGUGGUGAGCAGGCAGUUCUUCACUCUGCACGGUGGCAGCGGUGGGGAAGGAGGUGGCAGGGGUUCGGUGGUAGAGAGGCGGACGUCGGCCCCCCCAGUGAUCCUCAGUCUGGAGUCGCCCAGGUUCCACCCUCAGGCCAAGGGGAAGAACAUCAGGCUGGACGGUCAGCUGAGACGAGCUACCAGGAAGAACAGCUUCUGCAACGGAAUCACCUUCAGCCAACGACCUGUUAGACUCUAUCAGAAGGUUCGUCUGCGUCUGUCCGGUGUACACAACGGCUGGAGUGGUGCUCUGCGGUUCGGUUUCACCAGUCUGGACCCGAGCGAGCUCAACUCCUCCAACAUCCCCAAGUACGCCUGUCCGGACCUGGUGACGCGGCCGGGUUACUGGGCCAAAGCCCUGCCGGAACGCCUGGCGAUCCGCAACAACGUCCUGUCCUUCUGGGCCGACAGACACGGCCGUGUGUUCUACAGUAUCAACGAGGAGGAACCCAUCCUCUUCCACUGUGGUCUGAGUAUAGGAUGUCCGCUCUGGGCCAUCAUAGACAUCUAUGGCCUCAUCCAGGAGGUUACACUGCUAGAGAGCAAAUUUGCAGAGAGUGUCGGGUCCAGUUGUCUGUCUGCGGCCCGUCUCAGUGCCUACCUCCCUCAGAGCAGCCACGACUCCGCAAACUACAACAACAACCAGCUAGAGAACAACCAGGCCGCCGCGAAGAUGGCCACGUUACAGCUCAACAACAAAGCCACUGCGAAGAUGGCCACUGCGAACUACAGCUCAAAUUCUCUCAACAACCAGAUGAUCCCCUGUUGUACCACAUCUUCCUCCUCCAUAACAUCAUCAUCAUCCGUCUCAUUCUCCACCCCCCGGUUGGUCCGAGCUGGGCUCCCCUCGCCGCUCGACACCGACCUCCACUUCCAUCCAGUCCGUGGCCCGGACGUCAUCCUGUCAGCUGACCGCUCUGCAGCGUGUAUCCACUUCCUUGAGUCUUCGAGGACUCUGGUGUUCUCAGAUCGCCCCCUAAGGGUCAGGGAGACGCUCUACGUCGAGGUCGGUCAUCUCGGCCUGCCCUACUUCGGGGCGCUCCUUUUCGGACUGACCUCCUGCGAUCCGGGGUCCCUCCAUGCUGGGGAACUUCCUGCCGACCCAGAGGUGCUGCUGGACAGGAAGGAGUACUGGGUGGUGUACCGCGGCUUCCCCAUGCCCUGCUCCGGGGACGUUCUGUCCUUCAGCCUGACACCUAGCGGUGAGGUGCAUCAUGGGGUCAAUGGGGCGGCCAGAGGGAGGCUGCUGUGUGUCGAUUCAUCACAGAAACUCUGGGCCUUCUUUACCCUGCAUGGAGCGGUCAACAGACUCAGGAUACUGGGCACGCUUCAGUCCAGCCCUUCCUUCCUUUCCUCCCAGACCAGUAGUAGCAGUAGUAGUCCAGACGACAGUGGUUCUGACCCGGCCUUCAGCGUCAACAGGUCCUCCUCCGAGUCCUCCCUGGUGACGGCCCCCAGCUCCCCUCUCAGCCCCCCUGUCUCCCCCACGCUGUCUCCCCCACCCUGUCUCCCCCACGCUGUCUCCCCCUCCCUGUCUGCCCCAGAGCUGCCUUCUGGUGGUAAGAACGGGGAGUGCACCGUCUGUUUCGACCAGGAAGUGGACACAGUCAUCUACACCUGCGGACACAUGUGUCUGUGUAACAACUGUGGGCUAAAGCUGAAGAGACAAGUGAAUGCCUGCUGUCCUAUCUGCCGCAGGCCCAUUAAAGACGUCAUCAAGACAUACAGACCAUGAGAGGACUGGGACAUUACUGAGACAUUACUGGGACAUUACUGGGACAUUACUGGGACAUUAUUGCAACAGGCCCAUUAAAGACGUCAUCAAGACAUACAGACCAUGAGAGGACUGGGACAUUACUGGGACAUUACUGGGACAUUACUGAGACAUUAUUGCAGCAGGCCCAUUAAAGACGUCAUCAAGACAUACAGACCAUGAGAGGACUGGGACAUUACUGGGACAUUACUGAGACAUUACUGGGACAUUACUGGGGCAUUACUGGGACAUUACUGGGACAUUACUGCAGCAGGCCUAUUAAAUACGUCCCAUUAAAGACGUCAUCAAGACAUACAGACCAUGAGAGGACUGGGACAUUACUGAGACAUUACUGAGACAUUACUGGGACAUUACUGGGGCAUUACUGGGACAUUACUGGGACAUUACUGCAGCAGGCCUAUUAAAUACGUCCCAUUAAAGACGUCAUCAAGACAUACAGACCAUGAGAGGACUGAGACAUCACUGGGACAUUACUGGGACAUUACCUAGACAUUACUGGGACAUUACUGGGACAUUAUUGGGACAUUACUGGGACAUUACUGGGACAUUAUUGCAGCAGGCCCAUUAAAUACGUCCCAUUAAAGAUGUCAUCAAGACAUACAGACCAUGAUGUCUGGGACAUUACUGGGACAUUACUGGGACAUUACUGAGACAUUACUGGGACAUUACUGGGACAUUACUGCAGCAGGCCCAUUAAAGACGUCAUCAAGACAUACAGACCAUGAGAGGACUGAGACAUUACUGGGACAUUACUGGGACAUUACUGAGACAUUACUGGGACAUUACUGGGACAUUACUGGGACAUUACUGGGACAUUACUGCAGCAGGCCCAUUAAAGACGUCAUCAAGACAUACAGACCAUGAGAGGACUGAGACAUUAUUGGGACAUUACUGGGACAUUACUGGGACAUUACCGCAGCAGGCCUAUUAAAGACGUCCCAUUAAAGACGUCAUCAAGACAUACAGACCAUGAUGUCUGGGACAUUACUGCAGCAGACAUUGUCUAGAGCAGGGAUAUUCAACUCUGACCCUACGAGAUCUGGAGUACUGCUGGUUUCCUGUUCUACGUGAUAAUUCAUUUCACACCUGGUGUCCCAGGUCUAAACCAGACCCUCAUUAGAGGGGAAUCACCCACCUGGUGUCCCAGGUCUAAAUCAGUCCUUGAUUAGAGGGGAAUCACCCACCUGGUGUCCCAGGUCUAAAUCA